AUGUUUUCAAAACUCAAAUCUAGAAAAGCUCCACUAUCGCUUAACUCCAUCUCAAACACAUUGAAAACAAAAGGGGCAAAAAACUUGUCCCCAGAAGAGAUCAAUGCAAAGAAAAUAGACGUUGAGAAGAUCAACCAAAUUGGGGUGCCAAAGGACUCCAUAACUGCUAUAGCCUAUGACCCCGUCCAGUCGUUGCUUGCGAUUGCUACGAAGAGCAAUGAUGUCCGCGUCUAUGGUCAAGUUAAUGUCGAGGUGGUUUUUGAAUUCAAGAUCAAACAUCCCAUUGUAUCGCUUCAAUUCGUCAAGGGUGUCUAUUUACUUUGCUCCUCGCCCAGUUCGGGACUCACCAUACUUUCCUUGCAUUCAAAAAUUGCUUUCCCAUCGUUUUCCUUCCCUGGAACAGUUACCGCAAUGGAAACCGAUCCGUCCUUGGACUGGGCCAUAUUUGGACUUUCAAACGGCAGUUUGAUAUUUUAUGACAUUGAUAGAACCAACUUAACUCCUUUUCGAAUCGAUAACUUGCAAAAAAAAGUCAUGCCAAAGGAAAAGUUGUCCCCUGUUGUCUCAAUUGAAUGGCACCCUCGUGACAUUGGAACCUUGUUGGUUGCGUAUAACCAGUGCGCCAUUUUGUACUCCUUGACCACUGGCCAGAUCAAAAGCACCUUGACAUAUACAUUGUCAAAGGAUCACAAAGGGUUUCAGUACUCAAAUCACAUAGCAACCGGAGGAAAGAAAAAAUUGUUUGGGUCCCUGAAGUCGAUCACACCAAUGAUCAAAGAAGCACAUUUUCAUCCAAAUGGGUUGCAUGCAGUGACUGUCCACAAUGACAAUACUAUUGCAUUUUGGGACUUGGAAGGGGGAGUUCUUUUGGAGGCAAGGACAUUGUACGAAACACAGCUCCACAGACCUGGAGCAUACUUGGAAGUUCCGGAAGUUUUCAACCCCAUCGAACAGGUUAAGUGGGUGUGCAGCGAGGACCCAGAGGAGACGAAACUAUUAGUCAGUGGCGGUGACGCCGAUGCCACCAAUACGAUAUCGGUAUUGGACUUUGGAUAUACGUUGAAAUACUCAAUGACAUCGCAUGAAAAGCAAGGGUUGUUCUACGCCAAUCCUCAAGGUGGUCAACGGAAAAUCCCAAUAAACUUUUAUUUGAACGAAGAUGAUGUGGAUGGAACAGUCAAAGAAGUGAUCACUACAAUUCAACCAGUGACCGAAACAGGCUCUCCGUACUUCCACGAUGGCCAUAACCCUGCAUUUUUACUACUAUUGUCAAACUUGGGUAGAUUGUACGUGGUUUCUUUUUCGGAUAAAGCAGGCGGAGGGGGUCAAGGUAGCGGCGAUCUAGGCAAUACUAUCCUCCCCACCUCACUAUCAUUAAUUGUGCCGCCCUUAAGCUAUUGUGACGUCCAAGCUGUCCCUCGAGUUGAUUGGUACGGCAUUAUGUCCACUAGAGCAUCUCAAGGUGUAAGCUCCAAAGUGAAACCAUUACUUUAUGGAGGGGCACCAAUGCCCUUGGCGAGACUGUCCCGACCUCUUGGAUAUAACGAAGGGUUCCGGAAUAUAAUGAUAACCGGUCACGAGAAUGGGUUGGUGCGAUUCAUAGAUAUUACCAAAGGCGAGCAACUGGGUGGUGAAGGGAUUGUUCAAGUCGCAUUGAGAUCCACUUUGUACGACUACCACAAUCCAGCCAAUCUUAAAGUGGUGGAAGUGUCAUGUUCCUUUCAAACGCGUCAGCUUAUUGUUGGCUUGGCUUCAGGUGAAGUUGUGAUUUGCAAGUUUGGUAAAACACCAAAUGUGAAAAAUGCGGGAAUUAGCGCCUCAAAGGAUUACAGCGACUGUCCCAUUCACCAUGGAAAUGGAAGUGCUCUGCUUGUUGAUAUUAGCAGUAGAAUUUCGGGGUCCGUUGCAACGUCAGCUUCUUUCUUGCCUUUGUACUUGUUGAGACUUGAUCCAUCAGAACAAAUUUCAGUUCUUAAAAUGAGUGAUGCUGGAUUUGCUGCCAUUGGUUACAAGUCGGGAAGAUUAGUUGUCUGUGACAUUUCAAGGGGUCCAGCGGUGAUCUUCAAUCUCCCCAGUGUGAAGGACAACUUAGUCUCAGUCACUGGAAACUGUUAUCCCACAGUACUCGAAUUUUCCAUAAUGGAGUUUGGCAUGGAUGGAUACUCUUCACUAGUAUUAAAUGUGGGAACAAAUUGUGGAGGUAACUUACUAUUCUACAAGAUCACCCCAGUAGGUAACGGAGGAUUUCAAGUUGAGUUUGCCAAUAAAACUGCACACCUCAACUAUCGUACUGCUGAUGGUGGUGAUGCAGAAGCUUCGAAACUUCUGCAAUUAAUACCGAUUGAUGCACAGUUUGGAUCAUCAGCCGUUGCUGACGAAAAGAAGUUUAACCAAUUGGCAACUGGUGUACCAAUACCCGGGUACAUUCUCACAGUAUCUGACAGAGACAUCAGAGUCAUCACCCCACCAAAAACAAAACUUGCCCAUAAGGUGGUUGACGAUGUGUGCUUGAGGGCAAAUGUGGUACAUUAUAAAGAUAAAGGGAUCGUCUUGGCUGUGCUUGUCAAAACAGGAUUCAUCAAAUUGCUCUCUCUACCAUCAUUGCACGAUAUUGCCAAUAUAAAAUUACCAAAAGAGACUUAUACCGCGGUCCAAGAAUCAUUGGAAUCGAAACAUGCACUUGACUCCGAUUUGUUGCCCUCUGGUGAAAUUUUCGUAAGAAAGUCGGAAACAGAGUCUGUUUACAUUGUUGCUUUUGAAAAGACGAAAUCAAAGGACAGUAGUGAAACCGAUAAGUUGUUUAACCCCAAUGCCGUAAUCCCACCGAGACCAUCAGCCAGCGCCUUACUGUGGGUCAAGGGCCAAAUCAACUAUAGCUCCGUUGAAGACUUGGCAAUGCUCAUUGCCGGCCCUCACAGGAAAGAGCCAAGAAGGGAGGAGUCAACUUUGGCUCAUAACGUCAGCCCUGAAGCCAACCCGCAAGCAAAUUACGGUGGCUACAAUGCCAAAGCUCCCAGAGAAAAGGAUUAUGAGGAGCCGGUGCGAAAAGCUGGUCAAGGUGCAGGAGGAUUUGGAUCACAAGGGUUUAUGAGAUCAUUACAGAACGGGUUGCAAACAGCCGAGGAAACUUUCAAUGAUUAUGCAACCAGUGCUAGUCAAACAUUCCAAGAAGGCUAUGAAGAUCAAAAAAAGUCAUUUUACUCCUCUGCAUUGCAAAGUAAGUUUGGGUUUUGA